AUGUUUUUUGCAAGAUUUGGCCCUUGUCAGAAGCUGCACUGUGAGAACGGAGGAACGUGCGUGACAAAACAUUGGGCUGCCUCUUGCUACUGCCUCCCCGGAUAUACAGGGGAGAAAUGUGAAACAGCUGUUGACGAAUGUGGUUCCAAUCCUUGUUUUAACAAUGGGACAUGCAUUGAUCAUGUUAACGGAUACACGUGUAACUGUGAAGGAGCUUACGGAGGGGUUAAUUGCCAAAUAGAUGUGGAUGAGUGUGCCUCCAGUCCCUGUCUCCUAGGAGCCACCUGUUUGGACCACGUAAAUGGAUACGAGUGCUACUGUUCGUACGGACGGACCGGAACUCAUUGUGAAAUAGACAUGUCUUGCAACUUUGAUAAGGAUACAUUUUGUUCUUGGCACAAUGAACAACGGUGGGAUAAUUUUGAUUGGACGCUUCAACGAAUGUCAACGGCUUCUAUGGAUACUGGUCCCGAUGCUGACCACACGGUUGGCACAUCAAAUGGGAGUUACAUUUAUAUCGAAACAAGUGCUCCGAGAAUUGUGAACGAGACCGCAUGGCUUGUCAGUCCGGUCAUGCGCUACAGGAGUGCUCAGGCUCAGUGUCUUCAGUUCUGGUACAACAUGAACGGCGCAAGCGUAGGAACACUGAACGUUUAUCUACAGUCAGUUGAUGGUACAAACAUCCCUGGAAAACGCGUUUGGUCUUCGAUUGGGAAUCAAGGACCUGUUUGGCAGUUUUCUCAAGUGCAAAUCAUUUCUGACUCAGAUCUUAAGAUCAUUUUUGAGGGCAUUGUUGGUGACGGUUACGUUGGAGACAUUGCUAUAGAUGACAUCUCUUUCGCUGAUGGAUCAUGUGCUCUAUCAUCGACAACUGCUCCUGUCACCACGACCUCAACUUCAAUGUUGCUUUCAACUACGCCAACUGGAAAUAUAAACGGUUGCGAAGGAAAACCAUGUAUUCACGGAGUUUGUUACGUCCAUCAGAAGGAAUACUUCUGUCUCUGCCAUGCCGGUUAUGGAGGACAAAACUGCCAGAUAGAUCAAGACGAAUGCAGUUCAUCUCCUUGCAAGAAUGGAGCGACUUGUGAAGAUGACGUUGACAACUUUGUGUGUCAUUGUAAACAUGGCUAUGCAGGGAUAUUCUGUGAAACAGAGAUUGAUGAAUGUUUGUCAAGUCCAUGUUUGAAUGGCGGAUCAUGUUUGGAUGACGUGAACGGUUACACAUGCACGUGUGUGCAGGGCGUCGGCGGUGCCCAUUGCGAAAACAUGCUGGACCCGUGCUUCUACAAUCCCUGCGUAAAUGGAAAAUGUUUCUCCCAUCAUGUUCUGUUUCUUUGCAUCUGCCCAGCACAUUUCACCGGGAAGUUCUGCGAAAUAAGUCAAGACGUUUGUGCAGCCAUGCCUUGUUUAAACGGAGCUACCUGCUCUUCCCAUGAAGACACAUUUAUGUGUAGCUGUUCUGCAGGAUUCAAUGGAAUCAGAUGUGAACAUGAUAUUGACGAGUGUUUGUCAAACCCAUGUGCAAAUAAUGGCACUUGCGUUGAUGGAUUGGCAACAUUUACGUGCAAAUGUCAGCCUGGAUACAGUGGAAGGCUUUGUAGUUCAAAAAUUAACGAGUGUGAGAGUUCACCAUGUAGAAACGGAGGUGUAUGCUCAGACCGGGUGAAUUCGUUCAUCUGUAACUGUCCACUUGGAUUCGCCGGCGUCGACUGCUCUGAUGGUAACGGACCCACGUGUUUCUCUUGCGCUCAUCUCGGAAUGGCAGAGAAAUGCACUUCUAUAACUACAUGCCAGUCGGAUGAGGUUUGCGUAACUGAAACAUAUGCAAAUGCUAAUGGACCUCGGAGAUAUAAUACUGGAUGCCGAAAAUCCAAUAUUUGUGUGUCCGGGUCCUCUGGUGACACCUGUACUCAUUGCUGUACCUCGGAUUUCUGCAAUCACCAAGGAUGUAGCGUAACGGGACACGGCCUUCGAAGUGACCGCGGACCUUUGUGUCUAGACUGUGAUGACAUAGAAAACAUGGCCCUCUGCAAAAACUUAGCUCUUUGCGCCAAGGACGAAAUGUGCACCAUCUACGGAAGUCAUUUCACACACUUCGACGGAAAAUGUGUGAGCAAGAACUUCCAGUGCCCGGGCGUGGCAUCUGCUGGUGGAUUUUGUCAGACAUGUUGCGACCAGGAUAUGUGUAACAGUAACUGCACCAGACCAGCCGAGGUCGCCAUUGUUGGAUAGCAUUUGAUGGUCCACUUUCGCAAGAAGUUUUAGCACCAAGGGGAAUCGAACCAUGACAUACAUUACCCUAAGAACACCAUGCGUACUUUGGUCCCUAUUGCGGGAAAACGUCGGGAAAUCGAAUAUGUGCCAUUUUGCCUACAUAGUAUCGAGGCUGAUAAACAUUAUUUUUUCUCUAAACUCAGAUUGUAGUGUAAAUGCUAAAGCACCAAUGUGAUUUCGAGAUGUUUCAUUCAAUACUUGAUUAUCAUAUUCUGUUUAUUUUAAUGAUAUGUAUUUCAAAACUGUUUAGUAUUUUCUUUAGCCUUUCGUCUAUGCCAGAAACAAUA